GAAGCACGAGACACUUCCAGGAAGCACGAGACACUUCCAGGAAGCACGAGAUACUUCCAGGAAGCACCAGACACUUCCAGGAAGCACGAGACACUUCCAGGAAGCACGAGACACUUCCAGGAAGCUCGAGACACUUCCAGGAAGCACGAGACACUUCCAGGAAGCUCGAGACACUUCCAGGAAGCACCAGACACUUCCAAGAAGCACGAGACACUUCCAGGAAGCACCAGACACUUCCAAGAAGCACGAGACACUUCCAGGAAGCACGAGACACUUCCAGGAAGCACGAGACACUUCCAGGAAGCACCAGACACUUCCAGGAAGCACGAGACACUUCCAGGAAGCACGAGACACUUCCAGGAAGCACCAGACACUUCCAGGAAGCACCAGACACUUCCAGGAAGCACGAGACACUUCCAGGAAGCACGAGACACUUCCAGGAAGCACAAGACACUUACAGGAAGCACGAGACACUUCCAGGAAGCACGAGACACUUCCAGGAAGCACGAGACACUUCCAGGAAGCACGAGACACUUCCAGGAAGCACGAGACACUUCCAGGAAGUACGAGACACUUCCAGGAAGCACGAGACACUUCCAGGAAGCACGAGACACUUGCAGGAAGCACGAGACAAUUCCAGGAAGCACGAGACACUUCCAGGAAGCUCGAGACACUUGCAGGAAGCACGAGACACUUCCAGGAAGCACGAGACACUUCCAGGAAGCACGAGACACUUCCAGGAAGCCCAAGACACUUCCAGGAGUGUUCCAGGAGAGGGAGCUGCGUGACACAUGA